ACUUAUUCUCUUAAUAAUUGUGGCUUACUAUCAACAAAGAAACAAAGACACAAGAAUAUACAGUACAUACAUAGGAUAGGAAUAAUAUUCGGUAGGUAAGGUAAGCUAUUGUACAACUGGAUAGAAUAUGGUAUGACAGAAGUUCCUUAGUGGUAAUAAAGACUUCGAAAAUACCUGCAAGUCAAGUUUUGAAGUCAUUAAGAGUUGCGUCGAAGCAUUUGUUCGCUUUUGUGCCUUCGCGUUCCGUCUAUUCUGGUGCUUCUCGGAUCCCGUAGGUCCUGUUCCAACAACAGAGCAGUGACCGAGCGGCGCCGUAGAGCAGAGAAAAAGUAAGAGGUCUCACUCUGUCGUCGUUUGUAGAGUUCAGCCCGCUGUCACAUGUAAACCGUACAUUUAGAUUGAUUUACAUGUUUUUACGUAAUAAACAACAACAGUAAAAAAACAUAAAUAAGACGUUUUGGUUAAUUUUAUGAUAUAAUGUUCACCAUUAUUCACUAUUUCAUUUCUACUAGAAGGAAGUUUGUGUCCCUUUAAGGCAGCCCCGUUGUUGUCAUUGUCGCUCUCAGCGCUAAGAGGCGAUCUUCGAGGUUAGCUUCGCUCCUGAGUGUCAACAACACCAACGUUUAGCUGCUAAAUGAGUCAAAUGACGUGUGUGUCUGUCCUGUUUAGGUGAACAACGUAAGAAGUGGGGACAAGAUCCGGCGCCGCUUUGCAUUCAGGCGCCACAGCUGCAGAAGUCCAGAGUCCAACAUGCUGCUGCUGGUGGUGGUGGAGAAAUAAAGGCCACUGAUGGAAACCCAGAGGAAGAGCUCUGGGGAUGGCGGCGGGGAGCGAGGCCUGCUCCACACCUGGAGGGGCUACUCGUACGGCAUCACCCCCGAGAGGCUGCUCUUACCCCGGCCCGUCCUCCAGGUGGCUCUGGGUACGCGGCACGGCGUUCUCCUGCUGGAAGGAGGACAGGUGUACAGUUUCGGGGAGUUGCCGUGGAAACAGAGUCAGGCAGCGGAGCUGGCGAGGCCGAGCCUGGAGAGCGCGCUCGGCGGGCAGAGGGUGGUGUCGGUGGCGGCCGGGAGCUUCCACAGCGGAGCGGUGACGGAGGACGGGGGCGUCCACAUGUGGGGGGACAACGGCUCCGGACAGUGCGGCCUCUCCGGCCUCAGCACCGUCCCCAACCCGACGCCGGUGGCCGUGCUGGACGCCGACGCCAGGCCCCCGCAGACGGUGCCGGUCCUGGAGCUGGCCUGCGGGGAGAAGCACACGCUGGCGCUGGCGGCCCAGAGGGAGGUCUGGGCCUGGGGCAGCGGCUGCCAGCUGGGCCUCAGCGCCGCGUCCUUUCCCGUCUGGAAGCCGCAGAAGGUCGAACACUUGGCCGGGAGACACGUGCUGCAGGUGGCGUGCGGCGCUUCGCACAGCUUGGCUCUGGUGCGCCGCCUGGGGCCCCAGGACGUGCAGCGCCCGCCGGUGGACAAGUGCGGCCAGUGCAACCAGCUGCUCUACACCAUGACGGACAAAGAGGACCACGUCAUCAUCUCCGACAGCCACUACUGCCCGGUGGGGGUGGAGCUGACGGAGGACGAGAGCCGGCUGGAGGCGCCCGCCCCGACGCCAGGGCUCAAAACGUCGCCGUCGGAGCCGGUGCUCCCGUCUUACACCUCCACCUUCAGCUCCUCCGCUGCGCCUGAAGAAAGACCCGACUCCACCUCUCACCCGUCCAACCCUCAGGACUCUGAGAGGGGGGAGGCGUCGCUGGCUAACGGGGAGCUACCGCCUCAGUCUAAAGGCGGGAGCGGCGCCAAGAGUUCACCUUACCCCGACGAGCAGGCGGUUAAAGACUACCUGAGGAAACUGUCAGACAACACGCAGGCGGAAGCUAAGACGACGGGAGGAGGGUUACACGCUCUGCUGCCUUCCUCCUCCUCCUCCUCCUCCGCCCCCACGUCGGCCCUCAACAACCUGGUGUCGUCCUGCGCCUCCGCCGUCGGGGAGCGGGUCGCCUCCACCUACGAGGCCCUGUCCCUCAAGAAGAUGAUGAACUUCUACCUGCCCUCCGGAGCCUCCAGGCUCCCGGCGGGCGACAACACCGCGGAGCGCGUCCGGCAGGAGGAGUCCAUGCAGGGGAGGAAGAGCUCCAGCACGGGGGACAUCCGCGAGGAGGAGGCCGAGGGUCUGCGGCGCCGCCUCUCUCUGCCAGGACUCCUCUCACAGGGUAGAUACGCUGUUCACCUCUUAUCCUCCUCCUAUGCCCUGCUGCUGUCCCCGCGGCUGCUGAGGAAGGCCGGCCGCCCCCGGAUGCGCGCCGUCGCCCUCACCCCGCUGGGGGGAGCCGUGCCCGAGGCGCAGGAGGUGCUGCCCACCCUGCAGACGGAGGUGUGGAGCUGGGGCCACGGCGAGCAGGGACAGCUGGGACACGGGGACAACCUGGCCAGGCUGCAGCCGCUUUGCAUCAAGAGUCUGAACAAUAAGGAGGUGGUGCGGGUGGCGGCGGGCGCUCAUCACUCCCUCGCUCUCACCGCUCAGUCUCAGGUGUUCUCGUGGGGCAGUAACAGCUCGGGGCAGCUCGGACACAUGGAGUCACCCAGCACCGUCCCCCGCCUCGCCAAGCUGUCGGAGGGGAUCCGGGUUUGGGACGUGAGCGCCGGAGAGAGGCACACGGUCCUGUUAGCGGACGGCGACUGCAUCCAGCCCAUCAUUUACUACAGCGGGAUGCAGGUUAGGGAGGGGGAGGAGGAGAAGGAGGAGGGGGGGAGGAGCAGCGGCAAGGGGGACGACGGAGAGGAGGAGGAGGAGGGGAAAGGAGGAGGCUACACCCAGCAGCCUGUUCUUCUGCCCUUCUGCAUGAACCUGGGCUACGUGAGCAGCGUGUUCGCCGGCGGCCGGCGCUGCGUGGCGCUCUCCGACAGGAACGUCAUGGGCUUCAUCGCCAGCCUCCACGAGCUGGCGUCGGCCGAGCGGAAGCUCUACUGCAAGCUGAGCAACGUCAAGGCUCAGAUCAUACGCCCCCUGCUGGAGCACGAGUCUCUGAGCUCCACGCUGGGCCCGGUGCUCCUCGACCUCCUCCAGGUGCUGGCGGGACGCUUCAGCCUCCUGUGUCACCUGACCGGGCAGCACGCCGCCAGCCUCACCGCCAGCCUGCGCCGGGGCCGCGAGGUCAAGAACCUGCUCAUCCUCGACCACACCAGCAUCUUCCUGGACUCCUACCACAAUUACUGCAGCGCUGUCUGUAACUUCCACGUGAUGGGGGGCUUCCAGACCCUCACCAAACCCUCCCUCGACUUCUUCGGGAAAAGUCCCGAGCUGCUCCAGAAGCUGACGGAGUGCAGCGAGGAGAACCCCCCCAUGGCCGACCUGCUGGCGGCGCUCUUCUACCUCCCGACGCGCCACAUUCACGAAUACGACCGAGUGCUGCUGAAGCUGUCAACCUGCUUCGAAGUGAGCUCCAGCGACUACCAGAAGCUUCACGACGGCUGCUCCAAGUUCGAGUCGUUGGACCUCCAGCUGAAGAGGAAGAGGAAAGAGGCCGAGUACAGCUUCCACUUCUGGAAGAGCUUCCCCGGGAAGAUGACGGACUCUCUGAGGAAACCUCACCGCCGCCUCAUCUGUGAGAGCAGCAACAAAGCUCUGACGCUGCAGAACGCCGGGAGGUUCUCCGUCAACUGGUUCAUCCUGUUCAACGACGCCCUGGUCCACGCUCAGGGCGUGGCGCCUUGUAAGAACCUAUUCUCCACUCAUCACAUCUUCCCCGUGGCAACGCUGUGGGUGGAGCCCCUCCCAGAGGAAGAGUCUGCAGGACUAUACGGGUUAAAGGUGAUCGCUCCAGAGGAGACGUUCACUCUUCUGGCCUCGUCCUCCACAGAGAAGGCGAAGUGGCUUCGCUCCAUCAACCAGGCGGUGGACCAGGCUCUGAGUGGAGCCGGACAGAAGCUGGAGCCCCCGUCCUCCAGGACGGCGUCCUACACCUUCUACAAGGACGGGCGCCUGAAGGAGGCCACGUACGAGGGUCACUGGCUCUCAGGGAAACCCAACGGCAGCGGAGUUUUAAAAUGGCCCGACGGGAGAAUCUACACGGGGACGUUCAAGAACGGCCUGGAGGACGGCUUCGGGGAGUUUGUGGCUCCGAACAAGACGCUCAGCAAGAACGAUCAGUAUCAGGGGCAGUGGAAGGACGGGAAGAUGCACGGACUGGGGACGUACAGGUACGCCAGCGGCGAGGUUUACGACGGGUCCUUCCAGGACGGCAUGCGCCAUGGCCACGGCAUGCUGCGCACCGGCAAGCUCAACACGUCCUCCCCGAGCGUCUUCAUCGGCCAGUGGCUGCAGGACAAGAAGACGGGCUACGGGGUCUUCGACGACAUCACCAAAGGUGAAAAGUACAUGGGCAUGUGGCAGGAGCAUCUGAGGCAGGGGACCGGGGUGGUCGUCACCCAGUUCGGACUCUACUACGAGGGAGCAUUUAAAGACAAUAAGAUGACGGGGACUGGGAUCCUUGUGUCCGAGGACGACACCACGUAUGAAGGCGAGUUCUCCGACGACUGGACCCUCAGCGGAAAGGGCGUGCUGACCAUGGCCAACGGCGACUACCUGGAGGGCUCCUUUAGCGGCGAGUGGGGCUCCGGCCUCAAAGUCACCGGCUCCUACUUCAAACCGCACCUGUUCGAUAGCGACAAGGAGAAGACGCGAGCCGUGAAGCUGGGCCGUCUGUGCGUGAGCGCCGAGGACAAGUGGCAGGAGGUGUUCGAGGAGUGUUGGAGCCAGCUGGGCUGCGACGCUCCGGGCCGAGGAGACAACUCGAGGGCGUGGGAGAACAUCGCCGUGGCCCUCACCACCACCCGGCAGCACAUCCACGACAGUCCGGAGAUGUUGUCUCGGAGUCACAGCCGGACGCUGGAGAGUCUGGAGGUCAUCCCUCAACACGAAGGGCUCGUCAGCAUGGAGAGGUACAACAGCAUCCGCCUCUACCUCAUCCAGGCGUGCGACACCACCCUCCACCCGCUGGGCCGGCUGGUGGAGACCCUGGUGGCCGUGUACAGGAUGACCUACGUGGGCGUGGGAGCCAACCGCCGCCUCCUGCCUCAGGCGGUCAACGAGAUCAAGUCUUACCUCAACCGCAUCUUCCAGAUCGUCAGAUUUCUGUUCCCGGACCUUCCAGAAGAGGGCGGCCUAAUACCAGAACCGUCCUCCAGCCUCCAGGACGGGAAGGAGCCGAGCUCAGAGGGCGAAGCCCCACCGGAUUCACCGAAACCUGGCCGUGUGGUGAGCAGCUCGGCUCUGCUACUUCCCGUCCUGCUGCCUCGUCUCUACCCGCCGCUCUUCACCCUCUACGCUCUGGACAAGGAGAAGGAGGACGACGUGUACUGGGAGUGCGUCCUCCGCCUCAACAAGCAGACCGACCUCGCCUUGCUCGCCUUCCUCGGCGUCCAGCAAAGGUUCUGGCCCAUUUCCAUCCCGGCCUCGUUGGGGGAGAAGCAGCAGGUGAUGCCCAGCACCAAAGACGCCUGCUUUGCCUCUGCAGUGGAAACCCUCCAGCAGAUCAGCACGACGUUCACCCCCUCGGACAAGCUGCAGGUGAUCCAGCUCACCUUCGAGGAGAUCACGCAGCAGGUGCAGUCGCUGCUGAAGCAGGACUUCCUGUGGUCCAUGGACGACCUCUUCCCCGUCUUCCUCUACGUCGUGCUAAGAGCUCGGAUCAGGAACCUCGGCUCGGAGGUGAGUCUCAUCGAGGACCUCAUGGACCCCUGCGUCCAACACGGAGAGCAUGGGAUCAUGUUCACCACCCUCAAGGCCUGCUACUACCAGAUCCAACACGAGAAGAUCACUUAAACAUCUCCUCGUCUGAGUCUCUGGUUUCGCCCCAAACCUCCGGUCACAGCAUCGGGAAGUUGACGCUGUGAAAAAGGCUGCAGACAAAACGGUUUUGCUCUUUUCAUCACGGAGGCGACACACGUGUGAAUGCGAUGAGCCUCCUCACUGAGUCCAGGACGACGUUUUAAUGGAAUAAGACAAACAGAAACUUCUCUUCCCUCAUCGUGAAAACUCCGGUUUCUUCCUCACUGACGUAUUAUUUUUGCUGGUUAAAAAAAAAACGGUUUGAAAUUCACCUCACGCUUCAAAUCGUAACGGGCUCAUCGCUGCCUCCUGCAGGGAACACAUGGUAGUACUUCAUCUGGGCAGCAGAAGAAAACAUGUAUUUAUAUAUAUAUGUAAAAAAAAAAAAAAAAAAAAAAACGAGCUGCACAGCAUGUAAAUGUAAACUGACCUGGAUAUAACUCUACAUGUUGAAGAGUUAGAAUAGCACAUCCUGACAGUGUUAUCGAACGUCCAAAUGAAGAAAUGUUUAUUCUUUUUAACUCAAAGACGCCCGGAUAGAAAGGAAACACAACGUUUGCACCGGUUCAGUUGAAGCACAAGAGUAUUUUUUUUUUUUUUUGUCUAUACAACGGUUCCUGUUUCCCCCUUUUCCCAAUGAAGAAUUCAGAAUACUGCCACCUGCUGCGUAGGAAGACUUAUUUCCUUUUGUGUCAGCUGUAGUUUUUGUUUCUGUCGUUCUUAAAACUGUUAAUAUUUGAGUCUCAUGUUUUCCAAAAUCUAAAACCAAGCUGCUUUUCAGAUUCACAGGAAGGAUUACCUGCAGGGAGAAGUGUUAAAACACAUUAUUCUAGUCCCGCAUCUACAAACUUCUGUCAGUUUUUCAUAAAAACCGAAGGAUUUUCUUUUAAUUUCCUCCCUAAAACGUCACCUUGCGUAAGGAGGAUGGACGUUUGAUCCGCUGGAUGCACGAAACAGACCUUUUUUUUUUUUCAUUUUACUGCAAAAAAAUAACCAAUGCUAAAGGUCAAAUUUGAAUAAAAUCUUUUUUUUUUUUUUUUGUGUCUGCAGACAUGAAUUCAGCUCGAUGCAAAGGUUAUAAAUUGGAUGUGGCUCAAAGCUCCAUCUGUUAAUACUGUUCUUUUUUUAAACUGUCGGACAAUAAUAAAAGAGCUUAAUAGCGGAUUCUUUUUUUUUUUUUAAUGCCUCUUCUGUUUUUUGUUGUUUUGUUUUUUAUUUUUUUGCAUCACAGCUGUUUUCACCUGCAGAACGUUUGAUUGGAACGAUUUCACAAGAAAAUUGCUCCAAAAACAAACAGUAAAAAUGUGAAGGAAACUGACAGAUUAUUAACGCAAUCACUCACAAACCCUUCGGGCUUCGACUUAACGUGUCGCUGACGAGAAUCUCUGCCUUGAAUUUUACCCUGAAACCCGACUUGGAACUGACUCGCAGAACUGAUUGUGAUGUUUGUGCAUUAACUCGUGUCGGGUUCGUGUUUUAAUCUCUGUGACUGACUGUACCUCGAGCUGCUGCUGCUGCAUCAGAUGUGUAUAAAGAUAAACGGUGGAGUUUUAACUCGCUGACUUGUUGUACCUUUUUAAAUAAACACAAAGGGCAAUAAACGGAUUUGAUGGUUAAA